AGCCACCUCAUACUCACUCUCCCUCUUUUCUCUCUCCAUUUUCUCUCGAGCCAAACGCUCCGUCGCUGACUCAUUUCUCAGUUUCACCUUCCCCUAAAAAGAUAAAAAAAAAUCCUCUGAAAUUUUCAGUAGCUGAUAUAUCGUCUAAUUUUAAUCCAAUUCUAUCUCCACGAAUUACACAUCGACCAAUUCGCUCUAUAGGAGCCCUUCUGCGUUCUAGGGUUUCGAUUUUGCUCCUCCGAUCGGCUCGCGCUGCGGUUGAUUUGUUUAAUGCUUUUGUGUCCGGAUCUCGAUCGGCGGUUCUGUUGAGCUUUGUUUCUCUCUGAUGGCGGCGGCGCAGAACCAAGCGCCGAAUGUGGAUCUCUUCGAUGCGUAUUUUCGAAGGGCGGAUUUGGAUCGAGAUGGCCGGAUUAGUGGCUCCGAGGCCGUCGCCUUCUUCCAGACCACCAAUUUGCCUAAGCAUGUUCUUGCACAGAUAUGGACAUAUGCAGACCAUAACCGGAUCGGUUUCCUUGGUCGGGCUGAGUUCUAUAAUGCUCUUAAACUUGUCACUGUGGCACAAAGCAAGCGUGAGCUAACCCCUGACAUUGUGAAGGCAGCAUUGUAUGGCCCAGCUGCAGCUAAGAUACCUGCACCACAGAUAAAUCUUGCUGCUGCUCCUACACCUCAGAUGAAUACUGCUGCACCUGCACCUGCACCUGCACCUUCACCUGUCCCUCCAAUGGGCUCUGUUGCUCCAACAGCCUCUCAAAACUUUGGGGUUAGAGGGCCACAAGGACCUAUAAGUGCAAAUGUAAACCAGCAAUAUUUUCCCCCUCAGGGAAAUCAGUUAAUGAGGCCUACUCAAACCUUACCUGGUUCUGCUUCACUUCCAGCACAGGGUGCUGCAGUUCAAGGAUUCCCUGGUGGAGGCACUAUGGCAGGGAUGCGCCUUCCAAACUCAAGCAUCUCAAAUGAUUUAGUUGGUGGAAGGACAGGUGGAGCUCCAGCAGGAAUCACCGCCCAAGUUCCAAUCAGAGGGGUUAGUCCCUCCAUGUCUCAGGAUGGAUUUGGGGUUUCUCCAUCAGGGCUGACAGCUUCAGUACCAUCAAAACCGCAGGUCGGCUCUGGAAUCACAUCAUUAGAACCAGCAGCUAAGAAUUCCAAAGCAUUGGAUGUUACUGGGAAUGGGUUUGCUUCUGAAUCAAUUUUUGGAGGAGAUGUGUUUUCCGCCUCCCCGUCUCAACUAAAGCAAGAUUCUUCUGUGCAUACAUCAUCAUCAGGAAAUGCACCCAUUUCAUCAUCCAUUGCUCCAGUAUCCUCUGGAGCCCUGCCUUCAGUUAAAUCAAGGGCCCUUGAUUCUCCGCAAAGUUCGCCAAUGAUACAGCCUGUUGGUGGUCAGCUUCAGCAAGCUCAGCCACUUUCAAAACAGAACCAACAGGUUCCAACUCAGAAUUCUUCUGCCUUUAAUUCAGCUGGGAUUUCACUUGGAACUGAGAAUACUGCUUCUAGUCAAUCCCAGCUCCCAUGGCCAAGGAUUACUCAAUCUGACAUUCAGAAAUAUACUAAAGUAUUUGUGGCAGUAGACACUGACAGAGAUGGGAAAAUCACUGGUGAACAGGCACGCAAUCUGUUCCUGAGUUGGAGAUUGCCAAGAGAGGUUUUAAAGCAGGUGUGGGACUUAUCCGAUCAGGAUAAUGAUAGCAUGCUUUCUCUCAGGGAGUUUUGUACUGCACUUUAUCUAAUGGAGAGGUACAGGGAUGGACGUCCGCUUCCAGCUGUGCUUCCAAGCAGCAUCUUUGCUGACUUUCCAACCACAGUUCAACCUAUGGCUGGAUAUGGCAGUGCAGCUUGGAGACCUCCAUCAGGUUUGCAACAACAACAAGGAAUGCCUGUUUCUGGUGCACGACAUGUAACACCUGCAAUGGGAGGGAGGCCUCCACUGCCCCAUCGGGCUGAUGAAGGAAAGCAGACAAAUCAACAGAAGUCAAAAGUGCCAGUGUUAGAGAAACAUUUUGUGAAUCAACUUAGUAAAGAGGAACAAGACAUGCUUAACACAAAGUUUCAAGAGGCAGCAGCUGCUAAUAAAAAGGUAGAAGAAUUGGAGAAAGAAAUUUUGGAUUCUAAAGAGAAAAUUGAGUUUUGCCGCACUAAGAUGCAGGAACUUGUUUUAUACAAAAGCAGAUGUGACAACAGACUUAAUGAGAUCAUUGAGAGGGUAGCUGCUGAUAAACGCGAGGCUGAAGCCCUGGCCAAGAAAUAUGAAGAGAAAUACAAGCAAUCUGGAGAUGUAGCCUCUAAAUUAACUAUUGAAGAAGCUACAUUUCGUGAUAUUCAGGAGAGGAAAAUGGAGCUGUAUCAGGCAAUUCUCAAGAUGGAGGAAAAUGGCAGUGCUGAUGAGAGCAUUCAGGUUCGUGCUGAUCGUAUCCAGUCUGAUCUCGAUGAGCUAGUGAAAGCUCUUAAUGAGCGCUGCAAGAAGUAUGGAUUAUAUGUGAAACCAACCACACUUGUCGAGCUUCCCUUUGGCUGGCAACUUGGAAUCCAAGAGGGAGCUGCUGAUUGGGAUGAAGAUUGGGAUAAGUUUGAAGAGGAAGGAUACGUUUUUGUGAAGGAGCUCACUCUUGAUGUACAAAAUGCCAUAGCACCUCCAAAACCAAAGUCUAUGCCAGUUGACAAAGAAAAAGCUUCCACAGCUGAAACUCCAACUGCUGCUUCUUCAAGUGUUGAUGUUAAAUCGGAGGACCCUCCAAGCAUGGGUGAACGAGUGGUUGAAAAUGGAUCAGCAUAUAGCCAAACUGAGGAUUACUCAGCAAGAAGUCCAGGCAGCAGUCCAUUAGCAAGGGUGGCAAUGGAGAGGAGUCCAGCUGGCAGUCCAGCAGCAAGGACUGCAAUGGAGAGAAGUCCAGUGGGCAGCCCAGCAGCAAGGGCUGCAUUCGAGAGAAGUCCAGCUGGCAGUCCAGCAGCAAGGACUGCAUUUGAAAGAAGUCCUGCUGGCAGUCCAGCAGCAAGGCCUGCAUUUGAUAGCCCUUCUAGAGAAUUUCUUGACUCUCACUUCUUCAAGCCUUUCAGUGAAGAUGCCUCACCCCAUGCCAAAGACACUCAAAGUGAUUAUGGAGGUGCAGACUCUUUCCUUUCUGGAGAUAAGAGCUUUGAUGAACCAACUUGGGGAAAAUUUGACACUAAUGAUGACAUGGAGUCAAUAUGGGGCAUGAACUCAAUCGGUGCUACUAGCAAGAUGGAUCAUGAGAGACACACAGAAAAUUAUUUCUUUGGGGACGAGUUUGAUCUAAAGCCUAUAAGAACAGAGUCAUCACAAGCAAGUGGCUCUUUUCCAAAGAAGAGCACGUUUACUUUUGAUGAUUCUGUUCCUAGCACACCACUCUACAGUAUAAGCAAUUCACCUUCAAGAUUCAACGAGGGGUCAGAACACUCUUUUGACCCCUUGUCAAGGUUUGAUUCUUUCAAGUCGCAUGAUUCUGGAUUUUUCCAACCACGGGACACACUUGCAAGAUUUGAUUCGAUGCGCAGUACUGCUGACUAUGAUCAUGGCCAUGGGUUUCCACCAUCUGAUGACUCAGAUCCUUUUGGCACCGGGCCCUUUAAGACAUCACUGGACAGUCAAACUCCAAGAAGAGGCUCUGAUAAUUGGAGCGCCUUUUAGCUCGGUGACUCACUUUAGUCAUGCCUGAGGACUCGACUCUUCUCGUGUGUUUUGUUAGUUCUGCUAUAUAAUUGGCCUGUGUUUUCCUGGUGUGCUAUAUAGUUGUGACUGUCGCUGGCUGCUUGUUAUAUAUUUUUGGAUCACACUGUUGUGUAUUCCCCAAUUCUUCUCUGAUUUUUCUUUUUUUUUGGGGAGCUUGUCAGGGUGGAAAAUUUUUCAUAUUUCCCAGAUCCUGUUGAGAGUAUUUUUUUAUAUCUUAUGGUGCUGAAUGUUGUCAUGACUAGGCAGUUGAUUUCAUUUUUCCUUUCUCUUGUUUCUUUUUUCCUUUGGUGUAAUAUCGAUAUGAGGUAUUUUGGGGGUGGUUAAUACCAUCCAGCCAUGACAUGAAUCGUGUGACAUCGAACAAGCAGCUUUUGCAGCAAGGCAUUGAGUGAAUAAUAAUAGUAUCAUGAGUAGUUGAAGAAGCUUUAA